AUGUUCUUUUCGGGAGAAUUUCAUCCUUUCCGUCUACCAGCACCAGGACUAUGGCUGGAUGUGUUCCAGAAGAUCAAGGCAAUGGGCUUCAAUGGAGUCUCUUUCUACACGAAUUGGGCCUUGCUUGAAGGGAAAGAAGGGGACUUCUCUGCCGAAGUGUCUUCUCACUUGAACCGUUCUUUGAAGCUGCGAGCACAGCAGAUAUCAGGAAUCUACCUUCUCGCACGUCCCGGGCCCUACAUCAAUGCUGAAGUUAGUGGUGUUGGAUUCCCAGGAUGGCUAGCACGCAACCCGGCUGCACUUAGGACCGCUGAACCCGGGUACCUGAAUGCUACAGAGAAUUAUGUGUCCAGCAUCGGCUCAAUCAUUGCCAAAGCUCAGAUCACAAAGGGUGGUCCCAUCAUUCUUGUGCAGCCCGAGAAUGAAUAUUCAUCAGGAAACCCGCCCUUCCCGGAUCCUGUCUAUUUCCGCGACGUUGAAGAGCAAUACAGGAAUGCUGGGGUCGAGGUUCCGUUUAUCAGCAAUGAUAAUGCGCCUAAUGGAUAUUUCUAUGAUCAGGGUCCCCCGGAGUGGCCAAUCUAUGGCCAUGACAGCUACCCGAUAGGAUUCGACGAUAAAAUCUACCAGUGGCCGGCCGAUGCGCUCCCAAUUAAUUAUGGUGAUCUACACGAAGAACAAGCGCCCGAUACUCCGUACUCUGUCGUCGAAUGCCAGGCGGGAAGCUGGGAUCCCUGGGGUGGCUACGGCUACAACAAGACCGCCGCAAGGCUAGGUCCCGACUAUGAACGAGUCUUCUUCAAGAAUAUUUACAGUUUCGCAGCAAGCAUCUUCAAUGUCUACAUGGGUGUCGGCGGUACUAACUGGGGCAACCUGGGAUACCCAGAAGGGUAUACCAGCUACGACUAUGGUGCGCCGAUCACGGAGCUCAGAACCGUCGAGCGAGAGAAAUACAGCCAGUUGAAGCUCCAGGCCAUGUUCCUCCACUCUUCACCUGCCUACCUCUCUGCUAUCCCGCAGAAUAAUACAUAUGCCAAUGGCUCCUAUACUGGAAACCCGAAAAUCGCGACGACUGCGCUUUUUGGAAACAAGACUAAUUUCUUCGUCAUUCGUCAUGCUGCUUAUAACUCCCUGUCUACCAACGAGUACAAUAUUACUCUUCUCACUAGCAAAGGAAACGUCAGUAUUCCACAGCUUGGUGGGUCUUUGUCACUUGUUGGACGUGAUUCGAAGUUCCAUGUCACGAGUUACGAUAUCGGGGGCAUCAACAUGCUUUAUUCCACUGCUGAGAUCUUCACCUGCAGAAAAUUCAGCAACAAAAACGUGCUGGUUGUCUAUGGUGGACCUGGAGAGACCCAUGAGCUUGCGAUUGAGGGCGGCGCACAGCCAACCGUCGUGGAGGGGAAUAAUGAUCUCGUCAAGUUUGGGAACAAGCUUGGGUCAACAGUCAUACAAUACACUGUUGAUGCGGAAAGAAUCAUCGUGAAACUCUCAAAUGGGCUUUACCUCUACCUUUUGGAUCGCUAUUCUGCAUACAACUAUUGGUCUAUCGAUUUACCCAGUGACCCUGUGUCUGGCAACUACACCAACGCAGAAUCCUUUUCCUCAUCCCCGAUCGUAAAAGCGGGCUACUUGCUCAGAACUGCCAAAGUGAUCAAGGACGGUAUUUACCUGACCGGGGACUUCAACGCCACCACAGAUAUUGAAGUCAUUGGCGGUCCCGAGCAGACCAAGUCGCUUUUCGUGAACAGUAAGCCCAUGGAAUUCUCACAAGACUCGCACGGAGUCAUCAAAUCAGUUAUAAGAUUUGCCGAGCCCAAGCUCAGCUGGCCGGAUCUUUCAAAGACUGGGUGGAAAGUUUUGGACUCCUUGCCAGAGAUUCAACCAGGUUAUAAUGAUGAAUUGUGGACCUCUGCAUCCCUAACCUCGAGCAACAAUACCGAGCGCAACCUCACUACACCGGUCUCCCUGUACGCCUCUGACUACGGCUACAAUACAGGCUACCUCCUCUACCGUGGCCAAUUCCGCUCCAACGGCAACGAGACUCUGCAUCUAGAGACGCAGGGCGGUUCGGCAUUCGGCCACUCGGUUUGGCUCAACGAAACAUUUGUGGGCUCGUUUUCCGGAGCCAUCACAGCGUAUACAUGGAACCAGACCUUUGCUCUUCCCACACAGAAGGGACAGAACUAUGUUAUUACCGUCUUGGUUGAUCAAAUGGGUUUCGAAGAGAAUGGGUCAGCCGGAACGAGUGAAAUGAAGACACCGCGUGGUGUGCUCGAUUACUCGCUUUCCGGACAUGAGAAGUCGGAUAUCUCGUGGAAGAUUACUGGAAAUCUUGGAGGAGAAGAUUAUCGGGAUCGCACGCGUGGUCCGCUUAAUGAGGGUGGCCUAUUCGCAGAGCGACAGGGCUCUCAUCUACCCGGCUCACCCAUCUCAUCAUGGAAAAGCAGUGACUUGGGACCUAUGGAGGGACUUGAGGGCCCUGGAGUGGCAUUCUACGCCACAUACUUUGACCUAGAUAUACCAACCGGCUACGACAUUCCAAUCUCUAUAUCCUUCGCCAACACCACCGAUGAGACCUCCAGCGUUCGCUGCCAGAUCUAUGUCAACGGGUACCAAUUCGGGAAGUGGGUUCACAACAUUGGACCGCAGGACAUCUUCCCGGUCCCUGAAGGCAUUUGGAACUACCAUGGUAGUAACUACUUGGCCGUCAGUCUGUGGGCUCUUGAAGAAGGUGGUGCGAAGGUUGAGAAUUUGGAGCUGGUUGCUGGUCCGGUGGUCCAGAGUAGUUAUCCCCGACCUAUUGAGAUGAGUCCGAUUUCGAAGUGGCAUAAGAGGCCUGGGGCUUAUUGA